AAACAGUUUGAGCUCACCCAAUUAAAGUCAGUCUCACGGUAAGACCACUUCAGUCAAGAAUUAGGGUAAACCUAUACACACCGACGGAAUUAUGGGCUUUUGUGUGUGCAUCUACUUCUUAUCUCAAAUACCAAUAUAAGUACAUCUGUUUUUUCUCAUUUUUUAAUAUGUUCUCUAAACAAAAUCAUUCUCUCUCUAAAAAUUACUCCAAAUUUUCUCUCUCUACACUUUUCUGUUUUCCGGUAGAAUUUCCUGGGAUCCAAACAUUUUCAUAACUACAUUGUUUUUGUUUUGUAGUAUUAGAAUUUAUCCUCGAAGUUUUACCAACCUAAUUGGUAGAAUUUCAAAGAAUUAUUCAAGGGUUUACUCCAAAUUUUAGCCUACAUUACUGGGUUUUUGCUUAAAUUUCAACAAAUUUACAACAAAGUUCGAUUUUUUUGGGUUUUUUUUUUUAUUGAUUUCAGUUCCAUUUUCCAGAAUAUUUUUCAUACAAAGUUUCAAUCUUAAUGAGAGGGAAAGAUUGAAACUUUUUUUGAUUUUGGCUCAAAAUAAUUAAUGGGUAUUGCAGAAAAGAAGCAGAGAAUACAAGAUUUCAACUGCAUAAUGUGUAAAGUUGAAGAAUCUGAGUUAAUAAGGGAAAGAAAAGUUGUUAAUGGCGGAACAAAUGCAUGGAAAAUGGAUAUAAAAUUAGAGAAAUUAUUGAAUGAUUCAGCAUCAAAAUUGGAAAAAUUAAGAAGUAUUCGAACCAGAAAAGCCAAGAAAAAGAUGAUUCAAAUUUUUACUUUUAUUUUAUUUUGGUUUUUUGUGAUUCAUUGGACUACAAAUGGUGAAUAUUGGAGACCAACUGUGAUUACACAUUGGCAUUAUCCUUUGAAAAAUUAUGCAAUUGAUUUGCAUAUGAAUGUUGAGAAGUCUUUUAUUCUUCCCAAGAUUGCUCGCCCACCAAAGAGGGUUUAUACAAACAAUGGUUACCUUAUGGUAUCCUGUAAUGGUGGUCUUAAUCAAAUGAGAGCAGCAAUAUGUGAUAUGGUUACAAUUGCUAGAUAUUUGAAUGUCACUCUUAUUGUUCCCGAGUUGGAUAAAAAAUCAUUUUGGAAGGAUCCUAGUGAUUUCCAAGACAUUUUUGAUGUUGAUCAUUUCAUAAAUUCAUUGAGAGAUGAAGUUCGGAUUUUGAAAGAGUUACCUCCUAAAUGGAAGCAAAGAUUUGAUGAAAACAAAGGAAUUUCUCUGGCUCCAGUUAGUUGGUCUGACCUUUCUUAUUAUCAAAACCAGAUUCUUCCGCUGUUUCUGAAACACAAGGUUGUACAUUUGAACAAAACUGAUGCUCGGCUUGCAAAUAAUGGGUUCCCAGUCGAUAUACAAAAACUACGGUGUAAGGUGAACUAUCAAGCAUUGAAAUUCACCCCGGAAAUUGAAGAAUUAGGGCAAAGGGUGGUGAAUAUCCUGAAGCAAAAGGGUUCGUUUUUGGCGCUCCAUCUUCGAUACGAAAAGGACAUGUUAGCCUUCUCUGGCUGUACUCAUGGGUGUACUGCUGAUGAGGCGAAUAAUCUGACUGAAAUGAGGUAUGCCUACACUUGGUGGAAGGAUAAAGUCAUAGACUCGGAUGCUAAACGACGAGAAGGUCUUUGCCCAUUGACACCCGAAGAAACUGCCUUAACCUUGAAAGCACUAGGAAUUGAUCGAAAUACUCAAAUUUAUAUUGCUUCCGGGGAAAUAUAUGGGGGAAAGCGGAGAAUGGCUAGCUUAGCUGAUGCAUUCCCGAAUUUGGUGAGGAAGGAAACUUUACUUGAACCUUCAGACUUAUGGUUUUUCCAGAAUCGCUCGUCUCAGAUGGCUGCGUUAGACUAUCUGGUCUCGUUGGAGAGCGAUAUAUUUGUUCCUACUUAUGACGGAAAUAUGGCGAGAGUUGUCGAGGGCCAUCGCAGAUACAUGAAUUUCAAGAAGACGAUUACAUUGGAUAAAAAGCUUUUGGUUGAAUUAAUCGAUGCAUACAACUCCAAAUCGUUGAGUUGGGAUGAGUUCUCAUCGGCUGUUAAGGCAGCUCAUGCUGAUCGUAUGGGAACACCCCGUACACGAGCUGUGAUUCCCAAUAAACCCAAAGAAGAAGACUAUUUCUAUUCCAAUCCGUACGAGUGCUUGGAACAACAACCAGAUGAAGCAUUACAAUAACAAAUGGCCUCGACUCUUUUUUCGAUUCUCUCUUCAUGCCGAUGGAUGUUCCUGAUGCACAACUUGUGCACAGUUUGCAUCGUGCACACACGCACAUACACAUAUACACAAAAUUCAGCAAAAGGCUGGUUUUCGAGCUAUAGGGUGAACCAUUAUGAUUUUUUAGGCCUUUUCUUUUGCACAUUUUGAACAUAUUUUACCCCAUUAUAGUUAAUUAAUAAGUUUUUAAUACAUGUAUAGAAAAAAAAUAUCUUGUCAUUUUUCAUUGGUAGAAGUAUGACUUGCAUAUACACGUGAGCAUUUUGAUAUUUUUUUUACGUGUUUUUCGAGCUCCGAUUUAAUUAUGUUCUUGUUACCCAUUGUAUGGAUUUUGGAGCAUUUCUUUUUAAGUUUUUGCAUUUUCUCUAGAAUGAAAAGCUCCUAAAUCCGAAAUUAAUAAAAUUCAGAACUCUAAAGUCUGAAGUUGCUAUCAACUUAAACGUCAUGUUCAAGUUAUGGUUACCACAUCAUUUUUAUUGGUAU